UUUUUUUUUUUUUGGGUGACCAUUGCUAUAAUGAUUGAUAAUACUUUAUUUUGGUAAUACGUAUAGUGUUAAUACAGUAAAAGAAGAGAUGAAUUAGUAAAGAGCUUGUCCACUUAUAAUAGCAUUAAGUAAAGAACUUAUCUAUUUGAGAUUCAAUUAUUACCACUACUUUAGCCAAAUUCAAGCUACCGCUAGUAUGUAGACAUUAGUGAUUUACAAACCCCCUUCCUCUCCCCACACGGCCUCACACACACACCAAGGAAAAAGGAGGAUAUCGGGGUUGCAUGUCUUUUAUAAAAGUAAAUAAGGAAAAUAAUUUAAAUGGUGGAGUUUGGUUGCGUUGAUUUGAGGAUAAAUACUAUAUACAUAAGAAACGUAGCGUAUAUAUUUAUGUACUUAUUUUGAUUAUUUAUAUCUUUCAUGCAUGAAACUAAUAAUUUUAAAGUGCUCUUGAUCAUAGUGUAAUGGCUGGUAGGGUAGCAUGGUCUGAUGACAGCACAGAAUUUUUUUUGGACAUAUGCUUGGAGAUGAAAGCGGGUGGACUAUCAAAGGUUAAUUGGGAUAGAAUAGUGAGUACUUUGAACGUUAAAAGUGGGAAGAAUUUCAAUAUUAAACAAGCAAGAAAUCAUUGGGAUGAUUUAAGGAAGAGGUUCAAAAUUUGGAAUGAAAUGGAACUCAAUUGGACCGGUCUUACAUUUGAUCCUAUUACUGGUUGUCCUGUAGUUGAACAAGAUGAUAGGUGGAAUAUAUUUGUGAAGAAACAUAAAGGUAUGCCAGCGAGAUUCCUAAGGAGACCAUUGCCUCAUCUUGAGAAGUUACGGACACUUUUUUCAGGGUCUUUUUCUACUAGCAAAUGGAGUUUUUCUCCAGGAUUAGGUGGGGAACAGAUUGGUAAAGAAAAUGAGGAAAGGUCUGGGGACAGUGAUGAAAAUAUAGGAGAUAUGGAAAUAAGUAGGGGAAUAAAUAAUUCGGAUGAUGAACAGAGCAUUUCACCUCCUAAAAGUACCUCGUUGGGGAAACAUAAGAGUGAUGGGUGUACUAGUAAACUUAAAAAAAACAAGAGUAGUAACAUUGAAUCUUGUAUAGAGUUGUUGAAAAUGUCUAUUGAAACUAAUUGUAAGCAAGGGAGUGGUAAUAAGUAUAAAGAUGUUUCAGACGCUCUAUACAAUAUUGAGGCUAUUGUUCAACAAGGAGAAGGAUUUAUUUACCAAUGUAUGAAUUUUCUUCAUCAUGGCGAUAAUGCAGAUUUCUUCUUAGGUCUCUGAAGUGAUGAUCAGAAGAUAAUGUAUUUGAAGACAGCAUUUCAAGAUCCAACAUUGGGUGGUCCUUAAUUAGGUUUUUUGGGGUGAUGAGUAUUUGAAGUUAACUUUGUCUUAUGUUUUCCUAUGACUUGUUUUGCACUUUCAUAUGUUCUUUGUUAGUUAUUUGAUGUUGUUCUAGUUUUAAUUAAGGUUCCACAUAUGAAGCUACUAUUUUUUCUGACCUUUAGGUUUAAGUAGCUUCAUAUGAUGCUAUUGCUUUUCAGGUGAUCUAAUUAAGAAGCUUUAGCCUUUAUUUUAAAAGUCAUUGUUGAUUUUAUUUUACAAAUUGAAUAAUGUUGGUAUUUUGUUGGUUUAUGUUGUAGAAUGGAUAACACACUUCCAAUGUGCUUGACAAUUAUCGCAUUGGAAGAGCUAAAGAGACUUCUUACACCAAUUGAGAGAUUGCCUCUAAGCACUCUAUUGCAACAAUUGGGUUGUACUUUAAACAAGUACUGGAAGCAAUGGUUCAUUUGUCUACCGAGAUCAUAAGACCAUACCAAAGUUUGACCGUGGUGCCAAAAAAAUAGGUGACAGCACAAAAUAUUGGCCAUAUUUCAAGGAUUGUGUUGGAGCAUUGGAUGGGACUCAUAUAAAUGCAGUUGUAAGCGAUGAUGAUGGUGUGGCACAUCGAGGGCGUAAAGGAAAAAAAACAUGAAUGUUUUGGCUGCCUGUUCCUUUGAUAGGCUUUUCACGUUUAUCAACGUUGGAUUUGAAGGUAGUGCUCAUGAUAUUACUGAAUGGAACCAUUGCUUAACUGUACCAGAAUUUCGAUUUCCCCAUCCACCUCCAGGAAAAUAUUAUCUAGUAGAUUCUGGAUAUCCGAAUACCGUUGGAUAUUUGAGUCCAA